CUCGCAGAAAUUGCUGCCUUUUCUUUGCCACCGAAGACCUAGAAGGCUCAGUGGGUGCCCUCGCUGGGCCUCACGGCUUCUCCUCUGCUUCUCCCUUCGGAGGACACCGAGUCCAGCUGUUCUGGUCCACUCCCCAAGGCAGCCAGACUAGAGGAGGGGCAGCAGAGCCUAGCACGUCAUUUCUCCCUCAGGAAAUGGUCAUGGCUUCCGGCUUCCUGGACCUGAGGCUCCCACGGAGGAAAUGACUGUCAGGGAUCUUGCUCCAGAUGUGUUAGAGACUGAACUUUGCAUGGUGUGAUCUUGCCCAGGACAGGAAAUUUUCUCUCUUUGAAGGGCUUUACAUUUGUAACAAAGAAAAUUAAAGAUGACGACCUCGUCUAUCAGACGCCAGAUGAAAAACAUUGUGAACAAUUACUCAGAAGCUGAAAUAAAAGUCCGAGAAGCCACUUCCAAUGACCCGUGGGGCCCUUCCAGCUCUCUGAUGACUGAGAUCGCUGACCUGACCUACAAUGUGGUGGCCUUCUCAGAGAUCAUGAGCAUGGUGUGGAAGCGGCUCAAUGACCAUGGCAAGAACUGGCGGCAUGUGUACAAGGCGCUGACGCUGCUGGACUACCUCAUCAAGACCGGCUCCGAGCGCGUGGCCCAGCAGUGCCGCGAGAACAUCUUCGCCAUCCAGACCCUGAAGGACUUCCAGUAUAUCGACCGUGAUGGCAAGGACCAGGGCAUCAACGUGCGUGAGAAGUCAAAGCAGCUGGUGGCCCUCCUCAAGGAUGAGGAGCGUCUGAAGGCUGAGAGGGCCCAGGCUCUCAAAACCAAAGAGCGCAUGGCCCAGGUCGCCACCGGCAUGGGCAGCAACCAGAUCACCUUCGGCCGUGGCUCCAGCCAGCCCAACCUCUCCACCAGCUACUCGGAGCAGGAGUAUGGCAAGGCUGGGGGCUCGCCGGCCUCCUACCAUGGCUCCACUUCUCCGCGGGUGUCCUCCGAGCUGGAGCAGGCCAGGCCCCAGACCAGCGGAGAGGAGGAACUGCAGCUGCAGCUGGCGCUCGCCAUGAGCAGAGAAGUGGCUGAGCAGGAAGAACGCCUCAGGCGGGGUGAUGACCUCAGAUUACAGAUGGCCCUAGAAGAAAGCCGAAGAGACACAGUUAAAGUUCCAAAAAAGAAAGAGCACGGCUCCCACCCACAGCAGACCACGCUAUUGGAUCUAAUGGAUGCCCUUCCCAGCUCAGGCCCUGCUGCCCAGAAAGCAGAGCCCUGGGGCCCAUCAGCUUCAGCUAAACAGCCCAACCCCUGGGGCGGGCCAGUGGCCCCAGCCAGCACAUCGGACCCCUGGCCAUCAUACGGUGCCAAGCCAGCUGCCUCUAUCGACCCGUGGGGGGUGCCCACUGGGACCAGCACACACUCCAUCGCCAAGAGCUCAGACCCCUGGGCAGCCCCGCAGCAGCCUGCCUCCAGUGCUGGGAAAACAGCCGACGCCUGGGCCGCAGCCUCCACUGCCAAGCCUGUGUCCACCUCUGGGGCCUUUGAUCUCUUCAGUAAUUUGAAUGGUACAAUUAAAGAUGACUUUUCUGAAUUCGACAACCUCCGAACUUCAAAAAAAACAGCCGAGGCGGUGGCCUCUCCGCCAUCCCAAAACAAUGGAACUGCAAGCCCUGACCCCUUUGAGUCUCAGCCCCUGACCGUCGCCUCGAGCAAGCCCAGCAGCACCCGGAAAACACCCGAGUCCUUCCUGGGCCCCAACGCAGCCCUGGUGAACCUGGACUCACUGGUGACCAGGCCAGCCGUGCCAGCCCAGUCCCUCAACCCUUUCCUGGCACCAGGUGCGGCUGCAGCUUCGGCCCCUGUCAACCCCUUCCAGGUGAACCAGCCCCAGCCACCAACGCUGAAUCAGCUGCGGGGGAGCCCAGUCCUGGGGUCCAGCACGUCCUUCGGGCCUGGCCCAGGUGUGGAGCCCAUGGCUAUGGCCUCUGUGACCUCCACGGCCUCACACCCAGCUCUGGGAGCCAGCAGCUCCUCCCUGACGCCACUGGGCCCCACCACAAUGAACAUGGUGGGCAGUGUGGGCAUCCCCCCAUCGGCAGCUCAGGCCAGUGGCACAACCAACCCUUUCCUUCUCUAGUGCCCGGGCCUGGGACCUGCCGCAGAGCGAGUGCCCAGAACAUCUCUGCCCGAGGGUGCUGAGCAGGGACUGUCCUUUGUGGAAUGGUAUCUCAGAGUUGGGGCGGCUAUGAGGGAUCUCCAGUUCUGGCCCCCUGAUAAGGGGUUGUCUUUACAGCCCCGACCCUCGGACUCAGUGGCGGCAGGUUUGCUGAGACAUCGGACACAGCACGCAGGUCUCCAAGCCUUCUGAGGCGGCCUGCUCACCUGUCCCCCGUCUGCAGCCUGCAGCACACGGGAGGGUCCCUGCCCCAGCCCGGCCACCCUCACUGCUGCCUCCCAUGUACGGGGUCCUGGCUCCUGUGCAGAUCAGCUGGCGCUCUGGGGCCCUGGACGAGGAGGCGGGAGUCCUCAGUGUUGCCCUUGCCCCCAGCCUCAGCCUGAGGGUCUCUGAGCCACUGCGUCCACCCAGGACUUGGGACGGCCACCUUGUCCUUGCCCCCCAGCCCUAGCAACACCCCAGGCAGUCCCAGGUGUGGACAGAAUGAAGUGCCGGCUCCGUUAGACACUGACCUUUUGGGGAAGUGGUUGUGUAUAUUUUACUUUUCUUUGACUCGUGUGUGAGUUCAAAGUAAACACUCAGCUGUGGAGCGACUCGAACUAAGUCCACUAGAGCAAGCUUUAAACUCACCCAAGCGUAACCCUGCCACGCGGCUCUAUGCUGGCAUCCGUUUGCACAGUUUCAUAUUUGAGUUUGCAGAAUUAUCUAAUAGUCUUUUUUUGGCUAAUAUUUUUAUAAGGUGGUUCUUAUUUAACUGUCUAGUUUUGAUAGAAUUUACCAGGUCUGGCUGAAUUAAGACAUGGGCACAUGUCAUGUUAGUGGUUUAAAUCCUCUUAUUUAUGGUUUUAACUCUGUAAGAAAAUUUAAAUAGGAAGAGACAAAAAAAUGCCUUAUGGAAAAACUAAAGCAAAUUCUUUAUAGGGAAAAAUAUGGGAAUUUGAUUACACAUAAAAGAUGAUGUUUAUUUAGAAAGAAGACAACAACAGCAACAAAAAAUCCUAGCCUCCAGUUGCCUUUUCCUUUCUUUAACUCCCCCUCUUGGUAAAUUACCAAACGGAUUGACUUUCAGCCUUUUGGGCUAGAUCCUAAGAGAGAGGCUCUUCUUACCGAGAUACCAACAUCAAGAAAGUUAAAGAAAACAAUGUAACGUAUGAAUGUGACUCACCAGUUUGUAUCAGCGAGUUCCUUUUUGUAACUGAAGGCGUGCACGGAUUGAUGAGGACUUCGUUCACAAGGAAAGCUGAGUGGAAGAGACGCCUUGAACCUGUGUGUCUCUGAUCUCCUGUCUCACUCCACGCUCAGGGUACAGAUGGGGACGGUGAGGAGACAGCAGUUGUCUGGGGGGCAGCGGCACUUCUGGGCCCUUGGCUUCCUGGGGGAUGGCCUCGGGGCUGGGACGAGGUGAGGGACCAGGGCUGGCCCUGAUCCACCCACCUGCUACUCCAGUCACACGUUGUAGACUUAAAAAUAAUCAUCUCUUAUUUUGGAGAGGAAGAAAAAAAAUCAUUCUCACACAAUGACUUAACAAAUAUGCACUAAUAUUACCGCCCUCUCCCCACCCGACCCACCACUGUCCAGCAAGUGUUAGGUCACAAAUCAGAGACGGAAACAACUUGCUUCUCCCCAGGGAACGUACCUCCCCCGAGUCCUGUGUCCGGCCCGCUCGCCUGGCAGGCGUUCCAGUCUCACUUUCCACCGUGGACUUCUAAAUUCAACUCCAAGGGCAGCUGACCACCUGGUGGUCCCUCCGAGGGGGGACGGGGCUCCUCCACCCCUCUCUCUGGUUCCAGAGAAGAUGGACCCUCAGCCCUGGGCGCGGGAGAGGUGUAAAACACCAGGAGGCGCAGGCUGAUCACAGCUGCCCGCUCAGGCCCUCUCUUGCUGCCUUUGGGAAAGAGCUCACCCGUGCUGCCCCGGAGGCUGCCAGUGGCUCCAGGAGCCACCUACCCAGAGCUCCUGCCCAGCCGUGCCUCUGCCAGAGCCGGAGAUGUGGGGCUGGACCGUGCGCUCUGAAGUCAUUCACGGCCUGGCCUCUUCCGGCUUGGGGGAGGGUGGAGCAGGGUGGGACUCGGGGCAGGAUGCUGCCCCAGGGAGGUGCUUUCACUCAGAUGGUGCACCCCGACCACCUCACAGUCAGCAGACCACUCGUCUCCGUGGGGCAGUGAUUCUUUUGUAACAGUCAGGCUCCUCCUGAUGUGACUCUGAGGCCCCAUUACAGCCACUGAGCCACCAAGGCCCAAGAAGACUCCUACCCCACCUACUGGCACAGGCCCCUCCCCAGGCGCCUUGACCCUGUUGCCCGCUGCACUGAUCGUGAAGCCACCGGCCGCUGCCAUGCAUGUUGUACACAUGCCAUCGAGCUCCCUCCUCAAGGGCACCGUGGUAGCGGGGGUCACCAAGCUGUUUUCUCAGUCCCAGGGGCCGGUGGCUGGUUUUGAACUUGUGUUGACUAUUGAUACUUAUUUACUGUAUAAAUAUAAUUUAUCAUUUGUAUCAUGA